UCUAUAAGAUCUGAACCCCAGGGACCCUGGAAUUGCAGAAACUGGCCUCCACUCUCUCCCAGAGAUCAAGCUAGACACCCAGGUGCUGCCUCCAGGAAGCAACUACACCAUGGCUCUCAAGUGCCUUGUCCUGUUCUCACUGCUGGUGGUGCUGGUGCUGGUUGGGGCCCAGCCUCCUGCAGCUCAGAAUUUCCAUCAGAGGCACAUGGACACCAACCCCAGGGACUUAGGCCACAACUACUGCAACCAGAUGAUGAGGAACCGGAAUCUUUUAAACAGAAACUUCAACACCUUUGUGCACGAGACCUUUGCAGUUGUCCAGGCCGUCUGCCGGGAGCCAAGAAUCCGCUGCAGAAACGGGGAGAACAACUGCCACAGGAGCAGACAAAAUAUGAUGAUCACAGACUGUAAUCUGACAGGCCUUCACCCCAACCCUACCUACAAUACCAAUAGGCAUCAAGCAUCUAUCAUCAUUGCCUGUGUGGGGAACCCGCCGGUGCCCGUCCACUUUGAUGGUUCCGGCUAGGUCUCCACUGAGGCCAGAUAGAGAUACAUCCCUACGACCACUCAUUACCCUGGCCCCUACUCUCCUGAGCUCUUCCCUCUUCACCCUGAUGGGAAUAACCCAAGUUGGGCUCCUGGUCAUCCCACACCAGCAUCCCUGCCUGAGGCUUGUACCAUGUGCUUUGGGCGAGGUAGGAGACAGCUUUUGCAGGGCCCCAUGUUAACCUCCUCUCUGCUUCUUUCAA